AUGCCUCCCAAGGGAAAGGGCGAGCCGCCCAAGGUGAAGAAGGUCGCCGUCGACAAGACGUUUGGCAUGAAGAACAAAAAGGGAGGAGCCGCGCAGAAGGCCAUCAAGCAGAUCAAUGCCACCCAUGCGUCGGGAGGAACGCCCGACGAGAAGCGCAAGGCCGCCGAGAAGCUGCAGAAAGAGAAAGAGAAGAAGGCCGAGGAGGACGCCAAGCGGGAGAUGGCCGAACUCUUCAAGCCGGUCCAGGUGCAGAAAGUGCCAUUUGGCGUCGAUCCCAAGACGGUGCUGUGCCAGUUUUUCAAGAAGGGCAACUGCGAGAAGGGCCGGCGCUGCAAGUUCUCGCACGACCUCAACGUCGAGCGCAAGACGGAGAAGCGCAGCUUGUACACCGACAGCCGCGACCAGGAGAAGGAGGAGGAGGAGGAACGCAAGAAGAAGGACAACAUGGAUGACUGGGACGAGGAGAAGCUGCGCAACGUCGUGCUCAGCAAGCACGGCAACCCCAAGACGACAACAGACAAGGUGUGCAAGUUCUUCAUCCAGGCAAUCGAGGACCAGAAGUACGGCUGGUUCUGGACAUGUCCGAACGGAGGCGACAAGUGCAUGUACAAGCACUCGCUGCCGCCUGGUUUCGUCAUCAAGACCCGCGAACAGCGACAAGCCGAGAAGGCGCUCGCGGCCAACGACCCCCGCAACGCCCUCACGCUCGAAGACUUCCUCGAGUCGGAGCGCCACAAGCUCACCGGCACCCUCACCCCAGUCACCGUCGAGACAUUCGCAAAGUGGAAGAAGGACCGCCUGGACAAGAAGGCCGCCGAGGAGGAAGCCAAGGCGCGCAAGGACGCCACAGGCCGCAUGAUGUUCGAGAAGGGCGACUGGGCCGGCAGCGACGCCGACAGCGACGACGAGGGCGACGCCGAGUGGAACCUCGAGACGAUGCGCCGCGAGACGGAGCUCGCCCGCGCCCGCAAGGAGGAGGAGCGGCUCGCUGCCAAAAUGGGCAUCUCGCUCGACGAGCUGCGCAUCAUGGAGGGCACCGCUGAGCCCCCGCCGCCCGACGCCAGCGACACCGACGUGCCCGUCGCCGCUGACUCUUGA